AUGGUUAGAUGGCGUGAAGUUUACAUUAAACGUCUAGAAAGCGAAUUUAAAGACUGGACUAGCGGCAACAAAGAAAUUGAUGUGUUUAUCCGGAAAAAUCAACUUAAAGCAUUGCUUCAUACAGAAGUUAUCGAGUGGAUUCCUUAUAAUCGAUUUCAGAGAGUUGAAUAUCUUGCAGCGGGCGGUUUCGGAAAAAUCUAUACAGCAACUUGGAUUGACGGUUAUAUUGCAUAUUGGAAUUUUUCUGAUGAAAAAUGGACAAGACAAGAUAAUAACGAAAUAUAUUGUUUAAAGAGCCUGGAUAAUUCAUCGAAUAAUAUAAAGAAAUUUUUACAAGAGAUCGAAAAUCAACUCAAAUUUAGAGGGAAACGAGCAAUUUCGAUGCAUGGAAUAACAAGAGAUCAAGAGGGAAAUUACAUGAUGGUUAUGCAAUACGCAAAAGAAGGAAGCCUUAGAGAGAUGCUAAAUAGAAAAUAUCACACAUUAAGCUGGAAUCGUAAAAUAACAAUUUUGAAUUUAAUGAAUAGAUGCUUAGAUGUCAAUUCUCUAAAACGACCAACUGCAGCCCAAUUAGUCAAAGAUUUAGAGAAAUAUGCCAUGGAUACCGAUAGAAAAUUGGGUUUUUAUGUUCAUUCACCUGAAAUAGUUAAGCAAAUCAAAGAAAUCGAGAGAGUUAAGAGAACAUCAGGAUUCUAUUCAAGAAAUUCCUGUUCUUAUAUUACGCAUCCAGAGUCUUGCUAUACAAGCCGUCUCAUCAAUCAGAAACAUAUUUAA